AUGGACACAGGAUUGACUACAGCAGACAACAACCCAAUACGCUGGUCCAGGAAUGAAGCACCAGCUGCGCCGGCUGGGUCAUUCUCCGUCGGCCCAAGCAACAACAAUGACAACUCCACAGAGACGACUAUGCCGUAUGCCUGCCAGACAUGCGGCAAACGAAAAGUCAAAUGCGACAAGGCGAAACCCAUAUGUUCGGCCUGUCAUAAGAGCAAGCUGGAGUGUGUCUAUCAAGCGCCUCAGCCCCGGCGCCGCAAACGAAAGCUGAGCGACAUUGUUCAUCAGAGACUCGAUCAAUACGAGCGCAUCUUGGCGCUGCAUGGCCUGCUGCCGCAAGACACUCUUACGACUACAUCAACGCCUAAUGACGAGCCAUUACAUGCCCAAGAGCCGGCGGCAUCUUCCACCGGGAAACCAGCGUCAGAUUCCGGCGCAUCGAGGAUGGGCAAGUUGGUGGCGGGCGAUGGGAAGUCAAUAUACCUCGACAGUCAGCUCUGGCGCAAUCUAGGCGAAGGACAGAAGCAAGGCGCCGCUGACGACGACGACGAGGAUGAGGAGACCGAAGAAGAAGAGGGCGAAGCAGGAGAGGCAGAAGGAGAGGAUCCAGCAAUGUCUUUUGUGGGUGACCCUUUGACCGGAGCAUUCAUCGGUUCGAAUUCAAGUCUGCCCCAGAACCUAACGCAGUAUCAUCCAAGACACGCGGAAGCCAUGAUCCUAUGGCAGACGCAUGUGGAAAAUGUCGAACCCAUCUGCAAAAUCCUCCACGUUCCCACGACAUACCAGAUGUUGGACCGCGUGUCACGAGAACCCGACGCGGUGUCGAGAGCAGACGAGUGCAUGCUGUUCGCCAUCUACCACUUUGCCGUCUUCUCGCUAACAGAGGAUGACUGUGCCAGGCAAUUCGGGCAGGCGCGCAACAAAAUGCUCCAGCGGUUUCACUUUGCGACGCGGCAGGCUCUGGUCAACGCUUCCUUCCUUCGAACGACGGAGAUGUCGAUCUUGCAGGCUCUCGUCCUGUUUUUAAUCCCAGGUCGCUUCAUCUACGACCCGCACACAUAUUGGAUCCUGACGGGUGUGGCGGUCCGCAUUGCCCAACGCAUGGGUCUUCACCGCGACGGCGAGCAGUUGGGCUUGCAACCGUUCGAGGUACAAAUGCGCCGAAGGCUGUUCUACCAGCUCUUGCCGCUCGAUGGUAUCGCCAGCAAGAUGUCCGGCACGGGGAUCGCCACCAUGACAGACCCGUGGGACACGCAGCAGCCAUCGAACAUCCAUGACGAACAGAUCUGGCCCGGCAUGACGGAGCCGCCGCAGGAGCGGAAAGGAGCCACGGACAUGAUCUUCUGCCUGACGCGUGCGUUCGUCGGAAAGGCCAUGGCUCGAGCGGAACAAUCCAAGCACGACACGCAGAGCAAGGAGGAUGCCGAGCUCCUGAUUGCCGAGACCGAAAGCCAGGUCGAAGAGAAAUAUAUCCGCUAUUGCAACGUCGUCAAUCCGCUCCACUAUCUGACGGUCUGUCUGGCGAGGUCGGCCAUCACGGCCAUGCGUCUCCGGGCUCGACUUCCCAAGGAUAAGAACCAGGCGAUCACGGACACCGAGGCACGAGAACUGUUCCAACUCGCCCAGGACAUUCUCCAGACGGACCUGGCCGCGUCGGCGAACACGAGCCUGAGGCGAUACCGAUGGCAUUUGAGGUCCUUCUUUGUAUGGGGCUCGUGGGAUUCGCUGAUCUAUACCAUCACAACGCUCAAAAAGCCUGACCUGCUUUCGCCCGCGACGACGGACGCCGCCUGGAGGAGGGUGGAGGAGCUGUACAACAGCCACGGCGAGCUCCUCGAGUCGAAACAAGCCUUGCAUAUCGCCAUCAGACGCAUCACGCUCAAAGCUUGGGCCGCGAAUCCACCCCAGAGCCGGGUGCCCGAGCCAGGCUUCGUCACCGAAUUGCGCUCCCUCCGUAGAAUGGGCCGGAAGAGCAGGCCAGACAGACAAGGUAGUACAAGUAAUGUAACUCCUACCCCAGGCAUGGCGGAAACAGUCGAUCAGACGCCCUCCAGCGAUGCCAAUGCGCUGUUGAACAGCCUGUCUGGCGUUCCCGGGCUGGAAAUAAUGGAUGACUUUAGUCUCGACACGGUCGACUGGACCUUUUGGGACCAGCUGAUUCAAGGCUACCAGGCACAGGGUGGGCAGUAA